CUUGUGGACUAGGACAUGAUAUCGGAAAAAUUUUUCACGAAUACAUACGUGGCGAAACAAUCAGAAGCUUUUUACUCCCAGCGACACGUGUCGGACUCGGUUACCCUCUAGUGAACAGUUUUAACCGUUAAAGGAGUUUUACGCAAAACAAAAAUGGGGCACCUUCAUGGAGAUUUAAAUGAGAUGGUGCAUCAAAUGCAAAGAUUUUCCUGGGUGGAUUACGUAGUGUUUGUGUUGAUGCUCGCGAUAAGUGCUCUAGUUGGUAUUUAUUGGGGUUUCAUGAAGAAGCAGACGACCCAGAGUGAUUAUCUGCUGGGCGGAAGGAAUAUGAAGGUCGUUCCUGUUGCUAUGUCCUUGGUGGCUAGUUUUGUGUCAGGAAUAACGCUCCUGGGAUCUCCGACUGAGGUGUACAUGUACGGAACGCAGUACGCAUUCAUCAUGUUUUCCAUUUUUCUGAUGUCCAUUGUGAUGACUCAGAUCUAUCUUCCCGUAUUCCACGAACUUAAAAUCACUUCCAACUAUGAGUACUUAUCAAUGAGAUUUGACAACAGGGUACGACUAUUUGGAUCGAUUUUAUUUACGUUUACUUUGAUAGGCUGGUUACCGAUUGUAGUUUACGUGCCUGCAUUGGCUUUCAACCAAGUUACUGGAGUUGACAUACAUAUUAUCACACCGAUCGUGUGCUUAGUCUGCAUAUUCUACACAAGUGCAGGUGGCCUGCAAGCUGUGGUAUGGACGGAUGUGAUCCAAAUAACUGCCAUGUUGGGAGCGAUGGCCUUGGUAGCCAUCAAGGGUACCCUCGACGUGGGUGGAUUUGGAGUCGUAUGGCAACGCAAUAUGGACUCCGGGAGGAUAGAAUUACCUAAUUGGGACCCCAGCCCCACGGCGCGGCAUACAAUAUGGAACCUUGUGUUCGGCGGGGUGAUUUACUGGUUACAAGCCAAUUCAGUCAGCCAAGCCAUGGUUCAGCGGUACUUGGCGCUGCCGACUCUACGUGGAGCUAAAUGUGCAGUAAUACUGUUCUGCAUCGGUAUAUCCACUAUUUACUGCUUUUGCCUGUACUGUGGGUUACUCAUCUACGCGAGAUUCCAUGACUGCGAUCCACUAACGACCAAGUUGGCGAAACAGAAGGAUCAACUACUGCCACUGCUUGUCAUGGAUGUCCUCGGUGAUAUCCCUGGAUUGCCCGGUGUCUUUGUGGCUGGCAUAUUCAGCGCUGCUUUGAGUUCUUUAUCUACAAGUCUGAACUCAAUGUCAGCGGUGGUACUAGAAGACUUCUACAAACCAUUUUUCAAGAAGCAACUCACGGACAGACAAACCAACUGGCUGAUGAGGGGAGUCGUUGUGUUGUUGGGCUUAGUAAGUUUAGCCUUAGUAUUUGUCGUGGAGAAGAUGGGGACCAUUCUGCAACUGACAAUGACCUUGGAAUCAAUGACCAUGGGCCCAUUGCUGGGCGUGUUCACCAUGGGCAUUCUGAUGCCGUGGGUAGAUGCCUCUGGAGCGCUGACAGGCGGCGCCAGUGGUAUAGCGACGAUGGCGACCUGGUGUUUGUCUGCACAGUUCGCCAUCGCCCGAGGAGCUAUAACACACAAACACAAACCUCUCACGACGGCGGGGUGUGCCUAUAAUUACACUAUCACUGCCGUCCCGGACGUCCCUGUUAAUGUUGACGAAGUAAACCCCAUUCUCCGCGUAUCCUACAUGUGGUACACCCUCGCCGGUUUGUUAGUCACCGUCGCUGUAGGCGCGUCAGUGUCGCGUGUGAACCGCGCGUGUGGCGCAGCGUACGUACCCCCGGCGCCGAAGCUUUUGGCCCCGCAGUUGAGGAGACUGUAUAAGGACCCGCCACAUCCGAGUGAAGAACCGUACAUAAAGGCUUUUGGAAAUAAUAAGGAAGCCAAUCAAGUGAAUUCGUCCUCUAUAAAUAUGAAGCCCAUCUCUGAGUGUGAAGAAGUGAGUUGAGUCUGUAAGUGAUUCUGUAUUAUUUAUAAGGAUUAAUUUGUAAUAAAUUAUUUCUACAUUUUUUGUUUA